UUCUUCUUGUCACCGCAGUCUAUCAACCGUUGUCGCGUACAAGAGGGAUACAAUUCCCACCUAAACAUCAAUAUCUUCAAUUUUUCACUCACAUCACAAACAUAACCCAGCAGCACCACAAUAUUAUGAACUAGCAUGAUCCUUCUUGAAAUAAUUACCCCAAAACUGCUGCUACAUCGAGACGGCGAUAGUGAGCUUUGAAGUGGAAUUUUUCCUGAAAGAAAAAAAAGUCUCCCCUAAAAUAAAACACCAACUUUCAACGAUAAAUAUGACAAUGGAGCGAUCCGUGAUGUCCGCGAUUCUGUGCUACGGUUUUAUCGUGAAAUAGUAAUGGUAAAUUAGUGAAAUAAUCAGUCACAAGUCAGUCGGUGUAUUUUAUGUUCUUCAUUAUCUCCCAACAACUCACCUAAUUUAUCUGUUUUUCUCGUGAAAGCCCGGUGAAUUGAAGUAAUGAACGUGUAGUCAUAUUGGGACAGCAGUUUUUCGUCUCAGCAUCUUCAAUCACCUCAAUAAUAACCCUCGAAUCGCAUUUCGUGGUUAGGACGGAGCGUAAUCGAGUGGUGGUAAAGUAAGUUAACCUCUCACGAGGGGAGAAAUAAAUCGAUAUUAGCAUUUAUCGUACGUCAUUUGGUCUUUGAUAAACCAUGAGACGAUUGUGGAGUACACUGAGCUGACCCAAAAUCCAAAAAAUCACAUGAAUUUUGUGCCGAUGCUAUUGCAGUGAGUAACAUUAUCGACACAAGGUGAAGACACCUUCGGUUUUCGAUUUAAUUAACGGGUGAAAAUUGAUAAAAGGAUAAUCAAUUGUGAUCAGUAGUGAUUAAGUGGAUUGAUGAAGUGAUAAUUAAUUGAUAAAUUGUUAAUCAUGAUUUCGAGAUUUUUAUUUGUCCUGUUGGUGCCAACUUGCUGGAGUUUUGUUCUGGAAGGUACAUCAUCCAGUUAUGCACAAUUUCGUAAAUGGAAUACAGCGUUGAAUGGAAGCCUUGAAUUUGAGUUUAAAACCGAACAGGGAAAUGGCUUAUUGUUGUACACGGAUGAUGGGGGAAAUAAUGAUUUUUUUGAAAUAAAAUUGGUGGAAAGUGCUCUUAGACUGAGGUACAAUCUCGGUGGUGGAGCACAAAUAGUCACCGUUGGCCAUGAUCUUGGAGAUAAUCACUGGCACAAAGUCCAGAUCACUAGGAAUAAUGAGAACACAACGCUGACAGUGGAUGGAGUUAGUUCUACGUCAAUGUCGAGGGGAAAGGAGUUUGAAUUUGGAAAAUUUGGAAGUAAUUCUGAUGUUUACAUCGGUGGAAUGCCCAGUUGGUAUAAUAGUAAGUUGACGCUUUUGGCGUUGCCCAGUGUUAUAUUUGAACCGAGAUUCAAAGGAUUCAUCAGGAAUCUUGUUUAUGCUGAUGGCGAGGAUCUUGUGACGAAGAGACAGGAAAUCAAGAAUCGGGAUACGAAGUGCGGUGUAUUUCCAUGUGUCGAUGUUAUUGGUCAACGCAAAUCCAUUAGGAGCAUACGCAACCUGAUCACAUCAAAUAGCACCGAUGCCUGUGAAACACGAGACCCAUGCCAACAUGGUGGCAUUUGCAUCUCCACAGACACUGGUCCAAUCUGCGAAUGUCGCACCGGUGACUACGAGGGUGACUUCUGUGAGAAAGAUAAGGUACCCUCGGAGGCGUCAUUCAAAGGCACCGAGUAUCUUAAGGUUGACCUUAGCAAGGGUGACCCCAUUCUCAGUAUGGAGGAGUCUGUGAGUCUUCAGUUCAAGACAAGGCAACACAAUGGACUUCUAUUCUAUUCUGGUGAAGGAGCCGAUUACCUGACAGUGUCACUGAGAGACGGAGGGGCUGCAGUCAGCAUGACAUUGGCCAAUGGUCGAUUGGAUCUUCAUAUCAAACCGAUAAGAAUACGAUUCGACGAUAAUCAGUGGCACAAAAUUAUCGUUCAGAGGCGUGUGCAGGAGAUAUCGUCCAUCACGAGAUUCUGCAAGCUAUCAGCGAUCGUGGACAGUAUUUACGCUGAGCACGCCCACACAGCUGGUUCAUUCACACGACUGCCGAGUAAGCAACUAUUAGUGGGUGGUGGUGCUGAUCCGAAAGCGUUGCAAGGUGCCAAAGGAAUCACCAACUUUGUUGGAUGUCUGCGAAAGGUUGUGUUCAAAGCUGAGGGCGUUGAGAUGGAGUUGAUUGAAGCUGCGAAAACCGGCGCCACAGGAGCGACCGCCUGGGGCAGAAUUGAUUUUCACUGUCGUGAGCCAAAGUCAGAUCCCGUCACCUUCACAACCCGUGACUCCCAUCUCAAGUCAUCUUCAUCAACGGUGAAUGCAAGGCGACUUCACGGCGCCACCGUCACCUUCACCAGCCCAGAGUCCCACCUGGUACUGCCUCCGUGGAAAGCAGCAGAAUCCGGAAGUAUAUCCUUCAAGAUACGUACAAAUGAACCUAAUGGUUUAGUGAUGUAUAGCCGCAGUGGAGCACCUGCACGACCGGAUUUGUUCGCCUUUGAAAUUCUCGACGGUCAUCUCUAUCUUCAUAUCGACCUGGGUAGCGGUCAUCUGAAAGUCCGAGCAUCAAAACGUCGUGUCGACAAUGGAACUUGGCACGACGUUGCAUUACGCAGAGUCGAUCGUAACGGCCGAGUGACUGUGGACGGGGAGACCAUUGACUUCAGUACACCUGGUGACUCAACCCAACUCGACCUCGACGGUUUACUCUACAUUGGUGGUGUUGGUGUACCCUUUGCACCUCUAACAGUACCGCCCACCCUUUGGAGUGGUGCCCUGAGGCAGGGCUACGUUGGUUGCAUGCGAGAUCUCGUUAUCAAUGGACAACCCGUUGACAUCGCUGGCUAUGCUCAACAACAAGACUCUGGUGCAGUAAGACCAGCGUGUCACGCGCAAUCCUCCCACUGUUCGUCUCAGCCGUGCAUGCACGGGGGCCAUUGUCUCGAGGGUUGGAACAGAUUUUAUUGCGAUUGUACAGCAACUGCAUUCACUGGGCCCACGUGUGGCAAAGACGCAUCGAUUCUUCAUGUGAACGGUAGCCAACAGCUGACAGCACUGAUGCCAGAAGACUCGAGAACACAGGCCGAAGAGAUCUCUAUGAGAUUCAAGACAACAAAGCCCAAGGGUCUACUAUUGGCAACAAGUCUCGAGAACAGUUCCGAUCGAUUGCAAAUAUCACUGGAACGAGGGAUUGCAAGGAUACGUGUGCACAUUGGUGGCCGAGAAAAGGUUUUAUACUCUGGACAAGGCCUCAACGAUGACAUGUGGCACAGUUUGCGGUUUUCUCGCAGAGCAACUAGUCUGAAAUUCCAAGUGGAUGAUGAUCCAGUUGUUCGAGCGGAAACACAAUUGGGCCGAGAUGCUAUAUUGGAAUUUCGCACCCUUCACGUCGGUGGUUAUCUUCAUCCUGGUGAGGAUAUGCCCCACUUCGCCGGUCAGCUACAGCAGGUCUGGGUCAACGGACAUUCGUACCUCGAGAUGGCUCGCAGUACGGGAAAUCAUCAAAGCACACAUCAGGGGGUAACGCCAAUUAUAAGAGUGACUGGUAAAUUUGGUAAACGCAAUCAUCCGGUUCUUCAUCCAGUUACUUUCACUUCGAAACAUACAUUCGUGGGAUUGCCAGUUUUAAAAGCCUAUGUUGAAACGAAUAUUUACUUCCAGUUUAAAACUAGAGAAUCAAAUGGCCUGAUUCUGUUCAACGCCGGCCGUGAGCGUGAUUUCAUAGCUGUUGAAUUGGUCAGUGGGCAUAUACAUUAUGUCUUUGAUCUCGGUGAUGGACCAAUUCGCAUCAGAGAUUCAUCAAGGUCACGUCUUAAUGAUGGAAAAUGGCAUGCCGUUAGUAUCGGUAGGCCAGCACCGAAACGACACACAUUGGCAGUUGAUGAUCACGUCAAUGCAGUUAACAGUCAAGGGAGCAAUGAAAAUCUGGACCUCGAUGGUAUACUGUACAUAGGUGGAGUGGAGAAGAGUCAGUACGCUCAAUUACCAAGUCCUAUAGUGAGUCGUCAGGGCUUUGAGGGAUGUCUAGCCUCACUUGACCUGAGUGGUGAGAGUGUUGACCUCAUGUCAGAUGCGGUUGUAACAAGUUCACUGGUGCAAUCAGGCUGUGAUGUUUACGCUAAUAUGCAUUCUGGUAAAAAAUGUACACAUGACAUUUGUGCUAAUCAUGGAGCCUGUGUGCAGCAGUGGAACAGCUAUACUUGUGACUGCGAUAUGACGAGUUUUGGUGGACCAACGUGUAAUGACGAAGCCGUUGCAUAUGAAUUUGGACCAGGGAGAGGAUUAAUUACCUAUACAUUCCCGACAGAUCGACGGCCUGAAAUGAAACGAGAUACUGUAGCUCUCGGGUUCGUUACGAGUACUAAUGACGCUGUGCUACUGAGAAUAGAAUCAGCAACGAGUAAUGAUUAUCUGGAAAUUGAAAUUGUUGAGGGAAAUGUUUUUGCCGUCUACAACAUGGGAACUAAUGAUCAUCCAAUUGGUGAAGUUGGUCUCAAGGUCAAUGACAAUCAGUAUCACGUUAUCAGAUUCACGAGGAAUGGAGCCAACAGUACAUUGCAGAUUGAUGACUACAACGUUCGCUCGAAUCAUCCGUCCGGAAAUCAGUUGACCGUAUUCAACGGCCAAUCAACGAUCCAAGUCGGAGGGAGAUGGAACAAGGGCCGAGUCGAGCGUCCAUUCCUGGGGAUUAUCUCGGGAUUAGUUGUAAAUGGAGCUAGAAUACUUGAAUUAGCAGCUGCCAGUCAGGAUAGAGUUGUAAUUACUAUUAGGGGAGAUGUACAGCCAUUACCACCCGGCAGCUUAUUAGAUAGAACAGCACCACUUCAACGCAUGCAGCAGACACCCGCAUCCGGUUUACCAGGUAUCAUGGACGAUCUUAUAUAUUCGGGAGCGGGGAGUGGAUGCGCUGGUGAUGAUGAGGAUGAAGAUUGCACACCAAUUUAUGAUAAGAAUUCAGAUGAUUUGAUAACUCCAGUGUACGUUGCACCCACGAGAUUGCCACCAACAAUCAAACCAAGUAAAGAAAAUAUUCAGGAACGUCCAUCCUGCGACGACGAGGAGGACUGCGAAGAGGGCUCGGGCGAUCCUGGCACCACCGAAGAAGUAAUCGUAACUUCAGUCACUGAUUCAAGCUCGGUGACAUAUACAACCCAGCGUGAACCCUCUACGAGCCAUACGAGUACACAAGCAUCAACAGGCUCAACAUCAGUAUCUCGUGGUACGAUAUCCACAUUUACCCAGUACAAUGCGUCCAGUGCGGAUACUGACUCUACGCACAGCAGCACAACUGUAACGCAGCGAACGACCAGUGCAACAACUCACACAACAACGACAACAAGAAUGACAGAUCCACCUCCACCACCCUAUCAUCCCGAUAUCUACACCCCAGGGCCCCCAAUACCAAAAAAUCCACCGACUGUGCCGAGUAUUCACACAGAAGCAGCAAAACACACCGCCCUAAUAAUUGUCAUAAUAGCUGGUGCAUUGAUAGCAAUAAUUCUAAUAAUUCUGCUAAUUUUAAAAUUCAAAAAUCGUCCGGACACACAUUACAAAGUUGACGAAACAAAGAAUUUCUGUCAAGAUCCAAAUGCAGCGCUCCUGGGUGCUGCUGGCUCAGAUCAGCAGUACAAUGGUGCCUUGAAAGCUGGAACAAAUGGAAGUAAAAACGGUAAAAAACGUGAAAUGAAGGACAUCAAAGAGUGGUAUGUCUAAAGUAUUAAUUAUAACCGAUGAGAUCGCUAAUGGACGGGCGAUCAAAAUCCAACGAGAUGAAUCAGGAAAAUAGCACACGUAUUACAACGUAGAAUUAUUUAGUGGAGCUUAUCGAAGUGGAUCGUCCGCCGUCCAUUAGAAAACAAAAUAUCGAGUUGAUGAAGCAAGACUGACUGUGUUAAAAAAAAAAAGUACGUGAAUCCCCAAAAAUAACAGGGGAAAUAAAUCGAUAACAUUUCGAUUUGAGUACGUGAAAUUUUUAUUUUGUGUGAGAGUUGUGCGAGUGACUGGAAUUAUUAUUUUAAAGCGAUAAUGAUGAUGAUGAUGAUGACAAUGAAUACGUGUAUAUGAAAAACGAGGGAUUAAUAUGUCAACCUACUUGAAUUGUUUAUUGAAAGCAAUACAGUGAGAAUCCAUGAUGAUGACGAACGAAAGUAAAUAAUUACAGUAUGCGUUUACUAAUUUAAGUGACUAUGCUAAUAACUUAUUGUUGUAUAGAAGAAAUAUAAAUAUAUAUAAAUGAUUAUAACUUAUGUUAUAUGUGUAAAUUGUUUAUUAAAUUCAUAGGAAAUUUAUUAUUGAGGGACGGUGGGAUAAGUAAGAGACAUUUGCGCAGAAUGCACUGAGGAACAGGGAAAACAUAAAUUUGAGAAUUUUCGUCAAGUUUUUGGAGGGAUGAGGCACAUGAAUUGAUUGGGGUAUAGACUUCUUUCUAUCAUUUUCGUUUAGUAUUUUGGGGGGCGGGGGGAAUUAGAGAUUAUUUCGGCAUGUAACACAUGCUUGAGACACGAACACAGGGUUUGGAACUCAGUAUUGCCAAUAAUUAGUUGAUAACGUGUUGAUAUGUGAAUGAAAUUAUUCAUUUUGUCAAUAAUAGUCACUAACGCUGAUACUACGGAAAAAUUCAGGUGAAUUGGAUUGUACCUAGGCUCAGCAGAAAUUGUAUUUCACUUGGAUUUUGUGUACAUUUCUCAGAUACUAACAUAUUCCUGGAUGAAACCAAAAUUUGUCUGUGUGUCCGACAAGGAGCUGCCUAAACAUCUUAGUUUUUAGGCUUUUGCGACCAUAAUUUAUGACAGUAUUAGCUGCAGAUGGACAACAGCUCUGAAGAUGCAUCCACAAGCUAGUACUGUCAACUGCCUGAACAUUUUAAUUGAUAUUUAAAAUUCAGACAAAUUUUCAGUUUCUUCAGACUUGUUUUAGUGUCUGAAAAAUGUUCAUAAAUCGGGUGCAAAUUGACAUAUUUGUUUUUGCUGUUUGAAGUGGCAAUAUUAUCAGUUUAGUUAUGCUGAAUCAGCAAUCCAACCAUGUCGAAACUGACAAUUUUUAUCUCAAUUUCUUUUUUGAGAAGGUGACGUUUCGAUAAAAAUAAAAUGAAGGGAACAUACAGAACAUAUAGAAAAUUUUUAAUUUAUGGCAUCGUUUUUUCAAUGGCUAGUUUUCGUUAAAGCAUUUUAAUACCUCAGUAUUGAUGUGGAGUUUCAAACAAUAAAAUCGUUUUUAACAUUUGAAGAACAUGAACCAAGCUUAUGGGGGAAUCAUUUCUUUAACUGACAAUGAAGCAAUAGAAUUCUCGGGCUUAAAAUUGUCAUCAAAUAUUGAUAACUGAGUAGAAUCAAUUUUGGUGCUAAUUAAUGUUUGUCUCUGGCUGUAGUUUGACGAUUAUUAUUCUUGUCGCAAUGUGAAUCAUUCGAAAUGAAAAUCAUACUUUAUCUCCCAAUUGAGUAAUUUUCAUUAAAUUUUUGAUUAGCAGUAACUGAAACCUACUUGGAAAAAAUAUUUUUAGUACAUCAUUAGGAAGCUAAAUAUUUUCGUUGAAAAAAAAUCCGGAAAAUGAAUAAUUGAAGAUAUGAUGAGUGUAAGCUUCCCCAUGUGCCAAUAUUUAAUUGAAUAUUCACUCAUUUGAGUAAUAAUUGCAUUAAUAAUAGCGAUUCUAAAUCAUUACUAUCCCAAGUUUAUGUAAAAAAAUAACAGCAGCCCAUCGAUAGCAAAAUGCAAACUUUAGUUCGCCCAAAAUUCUUUUUAUAUUGUUGAUUUUGUUUUCAAAAAUUGUGUAUUAACCACAUUUUGCUUCGGAGUUUGGUAAUGAAGGGUUAAAAUCCUCUUUCUUAAAAAAAAUAUUCUGUAUGAUGACUCAUAUUGAUGAGAUUUUCAUGUUCUUUGAGUGAUACAAGCGCUAAUGAGGGAAAUAAUUUUUUACUACAAAACUAUCUCUUUUCAGAAAAUAAUUCCUCUCAAUCAUUCGUAUUUGUCAUUUUUUUUAAUUUUAAGUCUUUUAUCCAAUCAGAUCUUCUUUGUAAAAACAAAUCGAGAUAGAAAUCUUCAACGGUUUUUUUCGCGCUGAUUCGUUGAUUUGCUUUUUCGCGCUGAUUUCGUACACUUAUUAAAAUGUAAUAAUUUUGGGUAACCAGUGGUUUGAGGAAAUAUCGUAAAGUAUUCCCUCAAAGUACCUCUCAUCAACAUUAUUACACUAGAAAAACCUGAAUUUUCGUUUUUACGGCUCCUGGGACAAUUCAACGCGAGACAAAAAUCAGACGUGAAUUAAUGAUUUAAUAAGGUAUAUUUCUAGAGUUGUUAUCAGUUAUUGUGGGUAAUGUUCGAAUGAAUGAGUGGCAAAUUUUCGUUGAAACAAUUUACGAUAAACGGCAAAAAAAAAAUCAAUUGCGGUGAUGAUUGCUCACGAGAGUGAAAUCAAAGGGCAAUAACCGCUAAGUGGAGUUCUAAUUCAUUUAAAAUAAUGAAAAACAGGUGCUACAUUACUCUCUAAAAUUUUUCGCGACUACUUAUUCAUUUUUCAUCUUACUCUACAUUUCAAAGAACAAUUUCAUUGAGAUUAUCUCUUCUUCAGCAUUUCUUCGAAUUUCAUAAUUUUAAAGAAUUGAAAAUGGGAUUAACAAUUAACACUCGUUCUAAAGAACUGCACUUAGAAUUUUUAUCUAUAUAAAUAUCUGUAAAAAGUAUAUUUGCUAUGAACACACAUAUCCCACAAUGUUUUUUUUUUGUGAAAUUAUGCUUAGGGAGAUCAUUCUGAGUCCCUGCAAAGUCUUCUCAAUGUGUUCGUUGAGGGCUCAAAUAUCUAAGAAACUCGAACGAAGUAGAUGAAAUAUGAAAAACAAUUUAAAGUGCCGACUAUUUAAAUGUCCCCAAAUUAAUUGAGGAAUUUCCGGGGAGUAGCUCUGCAGUGAAGAAUAAUAUUUUGGGGCUCUUUUUAGUACAACAAUUUCCACCCACCGUCGAUCAGAUCGAUAAACAUGAUCGAUCCAAUGAAUCGUUUGCAUUAGGAAAAAUCCCCGAGAGUCACACUGCUGAGAGACGUUCCCAGUAAAUAUUAAAAUUCCAUGAGUUUAUCAUUUCUAAGUGCACGCGAAAUAAUUCACAAGGUUUUCUCAAAUCAAUGUCAACAUUUGCGUAAUUACGUGGCUAACUUAAUGAGGAAAAAAAAAAAACAUAUAACGUAGGGCAGUUUCAACGAUAUCGUUGAAUAGUGGAAUUUGACGUAGUAAAACCCAAAGUAAACAUAUUUAAAUUGCAAAUAAAAACGAAUAUUUACGCAUAUCGUUUACACUGCCCCCUACCUCUUAUCUGCAUAUCCUUCAAUGUACUGAAUGAACUAAUGUUUAUACUUAAGCUAUUUAAUUAACACUUCUAUACCAAAGUUAAUCUACAAGCGAAAUUAAAUAAGGGAAUAUUUUAAAAAAAGUGAAUGCAAAAAAAAACCAACAAAAAAAUUGUUA